AUGCAUGCAAUUGUCGCCGAUACGCGCUGUCUUUUGGUUUUUGCUGGCCAGGCCUUGCUGGCAUGUGGGGACUUUGACCUCUCUGUUCCAAAGGUCCGGGAGAGAGAUGGCAGCACAGCCCUGCAUCUGGCGGCAGCCAGUGGCCUUGAAGCUGUGGUGCAGGCUUUGGUGAAUCGCGCCGACUUCGCAGAUUUCAUGGGCACCGUGGACAAAGACGGCUUCACCGCACUCCACGGCGCCGCUUUUCGAGGCCACUUGGGCUGCAUCCAGGCCUUGCUCCGCUCCCCCUUGGUCUCAGAGGACAUCAUCACAGCCUCCGGCAGUUUCGAUGUACCGCGACCGAGUGGGCACUGGGCGCGUGAAGCUGCUGAGCUCUAUGACAUGAACACAGCGCUGCACAUGGCUGCAGCAACUGGGCGAGUGGAGAUCUGCCAACUACUGCUCAUCCAUGGGCCCUCGGCUGCCAACAAG